AUGGGAAAGACUAGGGCAUGGCAAGCGCGGGCGCUGGGGAAGGCCGUGCAAGAGAAGGUAGCGCAACGCAAGACUGAGCAGCCACCCAACAAGAAAUACACCAAUAAAGGCAUGCAAGAGUCAACACACCCUGGAUUAAGCUGGGAGAAAUACGCCACGAAGACAUAUGCCCCGACCAAGCGAACGCUUGGGUUUGGCGACCUAGCAUCUUCUAACGGAAACCAGCAUUUCGCCGAACGCGUUGGCGAAGUCAUGGACAGCGACCAAGAUAUCGCCAUGACCGAGUGGGAGAAGCAGCAGAUAGAGGUCAAAGGAGAGCAGCAGCAGACGGAGAUAAAGGAGGAGGAGAAGCAGACGGACAUCGACAUCUUGGCACAUGCUCCCAAGGAACCGCGGUACGCCUCCCAGAUGGAGGUCGAGGAAGAGCAGCAGCAGAUAAAGGUCGAGGAGGAGAAGCAGAAGGAUAUCGACAUCUUGGCGCGAACUCCCAAAGGACCGCGGUUCGCCUUUCGCCAGCCUGGUCCCGAUGGAUACGGGGGUUAUAGCAAGACCCGGCACCGCAUCGACCUUCCCGACCGAGUAGUGAGGAAAUCACUGGAAGAGUUGCUUCUCGAGAACCCAGACAAGCAGCUGAAGGGAAUCGACCAGAGCACCUUGGAUCUCGCUGCUAACACAAUCCUCCAAAUAGCCAAUGAGGCAACGCAGCGAUGGCUACGCCGAUGGUGUCCCCGCAUGCCCUGGAAAGAGGUCUUUGACGCCAUCCGAGCAGAAGGUACUGAGGAACACGACAAUACUAACAUAUACCUUGUGCCGAAGGAAUCCCUGGACUUGGAGGGGCAGUCAUCGGUGAUUCUGGCCCAGGUUUUCCGGCAAUGCCACGGCGUCCGCAAGAAGGGUUCACCUACACAACCAUCAGACGUGAUCCAAAUCUUGGUCAAAUGUGCUCUCCUUUGUGGGAUGCUGAAAGACGAGAAGCACAAGGUCUUGCUACAAAAGGCCAAAGAGCAACUUCAAUGGUUACCUGUUGACCUAGAAGCCCAGGAGCGUUACGCUUAUGUACAAGCGCUGGUCGAUCUCAAGCAGCUCGACAAGAAGCUUGAGGACCUUAGGAAAAUGCCUUACGCUAUGAGAUGGACGGAUGAACAACGAGAGAGUCUCCUCAAAGCGGAAGAGCUCACCAUACUCAACCGAGCAUUCUUUGACUUCGAACUGGAGCGGGUUGCUUUUCGUCUCGAGUUGCUCAAAACCAUCCAAGUCCUCCAUCAGUCAACGUCAACCAGUGCAGACUAG